UUUUAACUUUACACUAUGGCCAGCUCUGCCAUUCAAGAACUCACUCAAGACGUAGACAAUCAGCUUCACGGCUCUAUCACCAUUGUUGUGUUUGGCGCUUCGGGUGACUUGGCUAAGAAGAAGACAUUCCCUUCGCUUUUUGGACUUUAUCGCAAUGGUUUUUUGCCCAAGCAAACCCGUAUCAUUGGUUAUGCUCGUACCAAGAUGGACCGUGACGACUUCGUCAAGCGUAUCACCGAAUAUAUGAAGAUCGGUGAUGAUCCAGAAGUUAAGAAGAAGCUGAACAGUUUCCUUGAAAUUACUAGCUAUCACGCUGGCAAGUACGACGAAGAUGCUAGUUGGAAGGAUCUUGCUCAAUAUAUCAAUAAGGUUGAAGGCAACACUGAGAAGAAAAAUCGUCUCUUCUAUGUCGCUCUCCCACCUUCCGUCUUCUUGGAUGUCGCAUCAGGAGUCCGCGGCCAUUGUUAUUCAGAAGGCUUUAUCAACCGCAUUGUCAUUGAAAAGCCUUUCGGUAAGGACCUUGAAAGCUCUCGCGAGUUGGGUCGUGAUAUUGGAAAGCUUUUCAAGGAAGACGAGAUUUAUCGCAUUGACCAUUACCUCGGCAAGGAAAUGGUUAAGAACUUGAUGACACUCCGCUUCGCCAAUGUCUUCUUCGGACAAGUCUGGGAUCGUCGCAAUAUCGACAACGUCCAAAUUACAUUCAAGGAGCCUUUCGGAACGGAAGGUCGUGGUGGCUACUUUGAUGAAUUCGGCAUCAUCCGUGAUGUUAUGCAGAACCAUUUGCUGCAAGUCUUGUCGCUGGUUGCUAUGGAACGGCCCAUCAGCACUGAUGCUGAAGCUAUUCGUGACGAGAAAGUGAAGGUCUUGAAGUGCAUUGAACCUCUCAAGCUCGAAGACGCUCUUCUUGGCCAGUAUGUCCGUAAUGGCGACAAGCCUGGUUACAAGGAAGAUGAUUCUUUGAAGAACAAGGAAACCAACUGCCCUACUUUCGCAGCAUUGGUUGCUCAUAUUCACAACGAACGAUGGGAAGGUGUUCCAUUCAUCAUGAAGGCUGGUAAGGCUUUGAACGAAGCCAAGGUGGAGAUCCGUAUUCAAUUCCGCAACGUGUCUGGCAACCUGUUCAAGAACACGCCUCGUAAUGAACUUGUCCUUCGCAUUCAACCUAGCGAAGCUGUGUACAUGAAGUUCAACAACAAGCAUCCUGGUCUCUCUUACCAAACCUUGCAAAGCGAUUUAGAUUUGACUUAUCAUCGCCGUUACUCUGACCUCAAGAUCCCCGACGCUUAUGAAGCCUUGAUUUUGGAUGUCCUUCGCGGUGAUCAUUCCAACUUUGUCAGAGACGAUGAAUUGGACGCUGCAUGGAAAAUCUUUACUCCUAUCUUGCACGAAAUCGAGGGUAAGAAGAUCUUGCCCAAGGACUACAAGUACGGAUCGCGUGGCCCAGAUGAACUCGAUGACUUUGUCAGAAAGUAUGGCUAUGACAGAUUUGGAGCAAAUGAAUACAAGUGGCCUGUGCAAAGUGUCAGCGGCGAUUUGGAUUAGGUCUCAACACUAGAAGACUUGUAUUAGUUAUCAAACAGCCUUUCCUAUUUUUUUUUCUUCAUUUCUAUGACAAAUAAGCUGGGGUCAUAAAUUGUACAGUCGAGAAAGAUAAAUAUGUUUUUACAAUUACAGGGCUAUGCAGAGCUAACAUAUUUGUAAUAAUUGCUUUUUGCUUGCGUGGUUGGUAUUAUUGGUAAAAUGUACAAAGGUGAAGCAGCAGGCAUCAAUCGGAAAAGGUCCAUAUCUCCAAGUCGAUACAUUGAAAAUUAGAAUGCGUGCUUAGAAUGUCGUUGGCAAAUGUUUUGCAACUUUCAGAGUAUCCAUGUUCCAGGUCAGCAUUUAUCCAGAGGCCGAAUUUGCCAUCG